GACAGGUUGGUGGCCCUGGGUAACUUGACUCACAGCUGAGGGAGAUAAACAAAGCCUCAGGUACGGUCUGUUCCAGCUGAGGUGAAGAUGAACCUCCAGACCUUUAUAUUUUUUGUCCUGUUAUCCUACACACACGCCAAAUUUAGCUUCACUGAUCCGUUUGAGAGUUGUGAGACAAACGCUUUUCCACCCAAACAGAGUGAUGCUGCCCCUCGCUACAUCAUCAACCUUGAUCUCCCGCCUCAAGAAAGAUGGACUAAACUGGUGACAGAGAAGAAGAAUGAUGUGUUGGCCCUCAUAGGUGAUAUUCGAAAUCUGACCCUGUCACUGGUUGGUGAGAAAGUCUUCAAAGUCAUCAUUGAUAAUCUGGACAAGAUUGCCACAACUCUGCCUUAUCCUUUCAAUGAGGAAAUUAUAGGGAUUUCUAAGGCUUCAGGACUUAAUAUAUCGGAAGCUACACUCUACAACAUUUUCUACGAAGUGUUUACAUUCUGUACCUCCAUCGUUGCUCAGGAUACAUCAGGACACCUCUACCACGGCCGCAACCUUGACUUUGGACUGUUUAUGGGUUGGAAUCCAAAAACACACACCUGGACAAUUGCAGAGUUACUGAAGCCCUUGGUGGUGCAGCUGGAGUGGCAGAAGGGGGGAAAGACGGUGUAUGAGUCAGUCAAUUACGUUGGAUAUGUUGGCAUUAUUACAGCUGUCAAAAAAGGCCUCUUCACAUUUAGCCUGGAUGAACGUUUUGGUCUCAAUGGUGGUUUUGUUGGUCUGUUAGAGUGGAUCAUCUUUAAAGAUUAUAAACAGAAGUGGGUAUCGUUCCUUACUCGUGAAGUCAUGGAAGAAGCCAAGACUUACAAAGAAGCCAAAUUCAUGCUCUCUCACACACGACUACUGGCUCCUGUCUAUUUCAUCCUUGGUGGAGUUAAGUCUGGGGAGGGUUCAAUCAUCACUCGGUGGCGGGACAAUUUCCAUACCGACGACCUUCUGGAUCGAAUGUCUGGCUCGGGGUCCUGGUUCCUCGUUGAAACAAACUACGACCAGUGGAAGACGCCGCCUUUUUUUGAUGACCGCAGAACUCCUGCCGUACAUUGCCUGAACAAAGGAGGACAGAAAAAUGCUUCACCAAAAUUGUUAUACAAUGUUCUUUCAACAAGGCCAGUGCUUAACAAGCUGACAACUUACACAAGCUUGAUGGAUGUAAACCGGGGAACUUUAGGUGCUUGGCUUCGUAAAUGUGAAGAUCCGUGUUGGCCUUGGUAGAGCACCGCCUGUGGAAAUAGACCAUCCUUCAGUUGUGUUUUUGAUCACUAGCAAACAAGAUUCAUUUCUCCGAGUAUCGAUAAAUCCUCGAUAAUUUUGUUUAGUGGACACGAGCGAAGUGGGGCCUUAAAGAUGACUGAUUUGACUUCACUGAACGAUGCUGAAUUAUCCCUUGGAACCUCAUAACAUUGUUGCUCAGAAUAUGCCAUUGGUAGGUAAUGAACCGAGAACUCCAUUAAUUGAGUUGAUCAAUUUAUUUGGUGUUUGUGCUCCUUAUAUUGGUGAGUGUGCAAGGGUUUUACAGUCCUUCCCUUCAGAUAGGAAUUAAACAUUGGUCCCUUUACUUGUGAGGCUGACAAAGAAGUCUUCAAAAUGUCAAUAAAUGUCACGGAUUAGAUAAGGAAGGUAACGGUAUUCACAAUAUAGUCUUAAGUCUAAUGAGGUUCCUUGGAUAUUUAACUCAAUGUCUUUUUUUUUUAUUCUUUUUUUUCCAGAUGAUUUAAGGAUGACAAGAUCAGUAUUGUUAUGAAGGUAAUCCUCUUUAUUUGCUAUUUUAUAAAACUUUGUAGAGGAAUGCUAGUAAAUACAGUACUGACAUAAACCCCCUUGAGGGAAUAAAGAAAAUAUGUUCUGUUUCUAAGUAUGGAAUGAGUGAUUACAUUACCCACUCAUGCAUACACACAUACAUACAUGAAGGAAUGAUUGCAUUAUCCACUCAUACUUACAUACAUACAUGAAGGAAAGGCAGGGAUUAUCGUAGAGGCUAUUCAUUCAGAUUAUAGAGGACACCCAGCAUAGAUCAUCACCUGUUUUGUUGUAAGGAGUAGACAUGUGCCUAUAAUUAGCAAGUGAAAUAGACUGUGUAGGUACUAGAUAUUGGUAGAUCCUUUAAGAUAUGGAGACAGGACGGCAAGAGAAGGAAUCGUUGAACAGAUGAAGAAAUAGGGAGAGGUGUGUGUCAGCCUAUUCCAUCAAGAUUAUGAAUAAUGUUAUCUUACUGUAUGUUGGGUGACCUUGCACAACUCCUAAGCAGUGUAUUUCCUUUACAUCACACGCUUGUCGAGAGAUUACAGAGGUGACUUAUGCUUGACUGUUUAAGCUGAAUUGUGAUUUGUCUUUCCCUCCUGCCAUUCACCUUUACAUUAUACACAAUCUUUACCUUUUACUUCCCAUUCUCUACUUAUAUACUUGUAAUAUUUUCAGUUAUUCUAUUGUUUUCUAGUCAACUAAAUACCCUCUUAAAUCAUAUAUCAAAUGUAUAUGUAUGAGUAUUUAUGUGUAUGAAAUCUAAUCAAACAAACUAAGUCAACAAGUUUAAUAGUUAGUUCAGUAGAGGCUGGUAUACCUAGAAAUAUUUUUCAAGGAUUAUGUUAGUUUUAGUAAUAUGAGUUACUACUGUGUUGGACAAACUUACUCUAAUGCUAUGUUAUUACUGGGAAAAAGGGGAUUUUUUUUUUUUAAACCAACCACCAUGAACCAACCUGAUGUCCGGGCUGGUUCAUAUUGCUCUGACCUUGGUUAGUCUCAGAACUGAUCUUUAUUAUUUAAUGUUUUAGAUUGCCUGUAGGUUGUUUCAUUUGUUUAACAAUUUACACUCCAUAAGACUUCUUGAUCCACAUCCUCAUUGGGUCUUCUAUCCAAACAAAUGGCAAAAAAACCCAAAUACUGUAAAUGAGUAAUAUUAUAUUGCUGCUAUAGAUGGAAAAAUGAAGACUACUGCACCUGAUCCUUUAAUAAUGAUAUAUAAGGACUUGGAUUCUUGUAUUAUCAUGUCACUUAUACUCUGAGUUUACCAAUACCUGUAUUUGUACUCAUUUCAGUUAGUGUCUCUCUUCAAGUGUUUUCUCAAAUGAUAUGAAUAUCAAUUGUUAUUAGAUAUGAUGCUCAUUUUUUAUUAUUAUUAUUACAGAUUAUAGUUGUAUAUGUUAACUCCAUGACACUCCCAAUUUACUCUCAGGUUAGGAAAUACUGUACCUGUACGAGCCAUGACACACCUAAGGGUCUGAAUUUUCUUGCCAUUCUUUUUAUUUACCUGAUGGGGUUUACUUUAAGAUGUCAUGAACCCCUGUUGUUUGAACCUGUGAUAUGAGGCAUUAUUAUUACAUACCAUGAACCCUUUUAUGAGGUUUAGUUUUCCAUGUUAACUUUCUUAGGGUCUUUAUGGUAUUUUAAAAAGUGAUCAAGCUUGAGGUAGCAGCGCCGUGAUCAAGCUUGAGGUAGCAGUGCCGUUAUCAAGCUUGAGGUAGCAGUGCCGUUAUCAAGCUUGAGGUAGCAGUGCCGUUAUCAAGCUUGAGGUAGCAGUGCCAUGUUACAAAUUUUAUGGGAUUUUUCUAUUUUUUUUUUAGCUAGUUUGUACACUUGGUUAGUGUUGCUAGACAAGCUAACCCUGACAUGACCCAACCUAACUUAACUUAACACAACCUAACUUAACCUAACACAACCUAACUUAACCUAACACAACCUAACUUAACCUAACACAACCUUAUCAUGUUUUUAUACAUUUCCAGGGCAUUAUUAUUAUCUUAACUCCAUUAGUAACUAUUAUACAUUCCUGUUGGGCAUGUUUGAAGCUGCACUGUAUUCUCAAGAUAUAGACAUUGAAGCACCCGUACUCUCCGUACUCUCACAUGAAUAAUAGAGGAAGAUGUAAGUGAUAUCUCCGUUAGCUGGAACUAUUGGUGCAGAACACUUCCGGGAAUGAGAGAUUUCCGGGUAACAAGACGACUCUCAAAGCUGGAAAAAAUCCCUCGUCCCCGGAAUUUUCAAGGUAACGGAAAAAUAGUCUCGGAAGUUCCUGAAUGAUGCAUUAUUUCAUCUCUCAAAGCCGUAAAAAAAAUCCCCCAUCCUCGGAAUUUUCUGAGUACGUACUGGGAAAAUUUUUUCAGAAUUUUCCAGAAAAUUUAAAUUCCAGCCAUCGGAGAGUUCCGGGUUUGAGGGAUUCCGGCUAACAGAGAUAUUACUACUACUGUAUAUUAUUUGUAUUACAACUGUAGGAUGUGAGUAGGGGUCCUUUCUGGGUGUAGGACAUGAGCAGGGGUCCUUUCUGGGUGUAGGACGUGAGCAGGGGUCCUUUCUUGGCAUUUUGUAAACACAGCUCUCCUGCCAGUUCUGUCUCUGUCAUUGAGGUGGUUCUCAGACAUUAACUAUCACCAGACAAUUCAUCACUGGUUUAGUGUAAACUUAACCUAACCUUACCUAAACCAUGGAUUCAUCGCCCCCAAGGCAUUAUCUAAAUUGAAUAAAUAUAACACGGUAUUCAAUAGACCAUUGACGAAUUGUCUGAUGACUAAAUGUCCGUCCAGCCAUUGACGUUGUUGUGUGCCUUGAUCCAUCCUACACAAAAAUUUAGCAAAGUGGUGAAGAUAAUAGAUUGUGCAAUUUGAAGUGGCAUUGAAUUUUUUUUUGCCAUAAUGUACAAUAGUAAAAAGUAGUACAUAAUAUCUUGCCAUAGUGUAAUUUAAAAUAUCAAUGGUGUAAUUUAGGAUGACAACCAUACUAUAAUUUAAAAUGUCACUGAAUCUUAUGUGACCAACUGCUUUAUAUCCAUGACACAGCUAAGAUUUCCAACCCACAGUCAUUACAUUAUAAAGCUGUAACAGAGAAGCAAAUGUUCUUGCAUAUACUCUACAACUUCUUUUACCCAUGAUAUAUUGUAUAAAGGUCAUAAUGAUUUGUGUCUAUAUAUUAUUAUUGGACUCGCCUAAUUUAAUAGCAUCAGCUAGGUAGUAUAUUAAAUAUUUUGUUUCUUCUUGUCCUUUGUGAAAAUUCAGUGAUUGUUUGUUAGGAUCUUUCACUGGAUGCACAGUUUUGUUUUUUAUUCGAGAAGCUUAAAUGAUUGAUAUAUGUAGUGUAUAAAUUUAAUAUGAGAGCCCUUGAUGAUUAUUACCUGUAAGGACGUGUAGUAAACAAGAACAUAAAAAUCAUUAGCAAUAAAAUCUGAUCAUAUCAUUGCUAGGACCAUAGAUGUUCUUCGCUGUAUUAAGACUUUAUUUUGACUAACUUUUAUGUUCCUGUUUACUGCACGCCCUUAAGGAUAGUAAUCAUUAAGGGUUCUCAAGUUAAAAACAAGUCCCCUGUAUUUUAAUACUGUAGUGUAUGGUUUGCUAGCAUUUUAACAUAUAUUAAGAGAUCUUUCUUUUAUGAGGAAUAUAUCUGUACAGCACUGCUCACCAUGCUAAUUGUGUGGGGACAACUGUAGCUAUAACUCAAUAAGCUGUAGAGAUGAACUGUAUACAUGUAACUUUAAUUAAUACUAUAAGAAUUUGUAAUUCCUUCUUCCUACUUAUUGAUUUAUCUUAAGAAAAAUAAAUAUAUCUAUAUCCA